AUGUCCGUCGUCAAUGUCGCAGGUGGUACUGGCGGAGGUGGAGGCUCUGGUGGAGGACAUGGGGGAGAUGGCUAUGGCCCUCAAAUCCAUGUGACUGGAGAUUAUACCCACAUACAUGGUGCAGCAAAUACAGAGUUCCAAGAAGACAUUACCUUGAUUCAAUGGAUCUCACCAAUCAACUUCUUCCUCCGGCAUCAGGCUAUCUCUGAGAUCCGGAAGAAGAAUACUGGGGACUGGCUUUUGGAGCAUCUAGAAUUCUUGAAAUGGAAAUCAGUAACAGGGAGCAUACUUUGGUGCACAGGGAUUCCUGGCAUGGGUAAGACAGUGCUUGCAUCCAAAGUUGUAGACUAUCUUGCCCAGCUUCAGCAACUGGAGGAGAAUUCCAAAAUUGGAGUGGCUUCGGUCUAUCUGAACUACAAAGAGACAGAGCUUCAAACUGAGAAGAAUUUGCUGGCAGCUAUCUGGGGACAGCUAACCAUAAACAAGGAUAUGUCACAGGCCAGAAACCUCUACAAUUCCCACAGGAGCAAAGGCACACAUCCUGGUUUAUCUGAGAUCCACCAGCUUACCUCAGCACUGGUUGCCACCUUCAAAGCUGUCUAUAUUGUGGUGGAUGCAAUGGAUGAAUAUCAACAUGGUGAAUAUCAUCCAUUACUCAGACAGUUCCUCCAGCCUCAUCUUCUUCUACCCUCACAAUUUCCUGUUGUCAGUCUACAGUUGCAGGCAGAUGAAAGAGAUAUGAGAUCCUAUAUCACAGCACAGAUUGACCAUCAUCAAAUCCUGAAGGAGUUUCUAUAUGAGGAUAUGAAUCUUAGAGAAGAGGUGAUCAACAAGCUGAUUGUCAAGGCUAAUGGCAUGUUCUUGAUGGUGCAACUACAACUUCAGCUUCUGAGUAAUGCUCUGACAGUAGAGGCACUAGAACAAGCUCUAGAUGACUUGCCAGAUGAUCUGGAAAACAAUUGUGAAGUAAACAAGAUUGGUGGAACGUAUGGAACUGCUCUUCAAGCUGCUGCCAAUGAGGGACACACAGAGACUGUACAGCACCUGCUCAAGUCAGGUGCACAGGUGGAUUUGGUUGCAGGGGUGUAUGGAACUGCUCUUCAGGCAGCUGCUAAGAGGGGACACAUAGAGACUGUGAAGGUCCUGCUCAACUCAGGUGCACAGGUGGAUCUGGUUGCAGGUCCUUAUGGGACUGCUCUUCAGGCUGCUGGAUAUCAGGGACACACAGAGACUGUGCAACUCUUGCUCAACUCAGGUGCACAGGUAGAUCUGGUUACAGGGGAGUAUGGAAUCGCUCUUCAAGCUGCUGCAUAUGAGGGACACAUAGGGACUGUGCAGCUCUUACUCAACUUAGGUGCACAGGUGGAUCUGGUCUCAGGACACUUUGGAACUGCUCUUCAGGCUGCUGCAUAUGAGGGACACAUAGGGACUGUGCAGCUCUUACUCAACUUAGGUGCACAGGUGGAUCUGGUCUCAGGACACUUUGGAACUGCUCUUCAGGCUGCUGCAUAUGAGGGACACAUAGGGACUGUGCAGCUCUUACUCAACUCAGGUGCACAGGUGGAUCUGGUCUCAGGACACUUUGGAACUGCUCUUCAGGCUGCUGCAUUUGGGGGACAUAUAGAAACUGUCCAGCUCUUACUCAACUCAGGUGCACAGGUGGAUCUGGUUGCAGGUCCUUAUGCGACUGCUCUUCAGGCUGCUGCAUUUGGGGGACACACAGAGACUGUGCAACUCUUGCUCAACUCAGGUGCACAGGUAGAUCUGGUUACAGGGGAGUAUGGAACCACUCUUCAAGCUGCUGCAUAUGAGGGACACAUAGGGACUGUGCAGCUCUUACUCAACUCAGGUGCACAGGUGGAUCUGGUCUCAGGACACUUUGGAACUGCUCUUCAGGCUGCUGCAUUUGGGGGACAUAUAGAAACUGUCCAGCUCCUGAUCAACUCAGGUGCACAGGUGGAUUUGGUUGCAGGACACUAUGGAACUGCUCUGCAGGCUGCUGCAUCUAUGGGAAAUACAGAAACUGUGCAGCUCCUACUCAACUCAGGUGCACAGGUGGAUUUGGUUGCAGGGCCCUAUGGAACUGCUCUUCAGGCUGCUGCAUCUCUUGGAUUUACAGAAACUGUCAAGCUCCUGCUUAACUCAGGUGCACAGGUGGAUCUGAUUGCAGGAUACUAUGGAACUGCUCUUCAUGCUGCUGCAUAUGAGGGACAUACAGAGACUGUCCAGCUCCUGAUCAACUCAGGUGCACAGGUGGAUCUAGUCACUGGGAAGUACAGAACACCUUUGCUGGCUGCCUUACAUUCUUUCAAUUCCCCUUGGAGGCUCAAAACUAACAUCUAUCACAUUAUCUCCACUCUCCUCAAUGCUGGUGCAAAAAAGAAAUAUCCAGUCAUCUACAACCCAGUAACACAAAACACCAUCUGGUCUCUUCUCUUGAGACCACAUAAGGGAAACCAUAUCUUGACACCAGACAAACCAUUGAUCUGCACCAUGUGUGAUUUGGCCUGUGGGAUGGCUGUCUCUGGCACUACACCAGAUCAUCCUCACUUGUACUAUGAUGAUGAUAAGAAUGAUGCUGAUGGUAAUAAUAACGUGGAUUAG